AUGGGUUUCUCUCAACUGGCCCUACUGGCUUGCCUGACAGUUGCAGAAGCAGCAACAAGACCAAGAUCCCAGUCACUGCAUCCCGUGCACCGAGCAAACGACAGCCUGCCGGCGAUAUUCGGUUCAAAUGGCACUACUACCCUCAAAGGGACUACUACGGCCCCGGCCGUGGUCAUUCUUGACUACGGUGCUAACGUCGAAGGCCAUCCCACUUUCGAAGUCCUUUCAGCUACUGGCGACACUUCCGGUCUAGAGAUCACGUAUAGCGAGACUAGAGCGGUAUUGGACGCUUUCUACACAAGCGAUGGUCCAAUCGCUUUGGCCGCAGCUAUGGACACCUACAGAGUCAAUCAGUACAACGUCACUGGGCCCAUGAUACAUACCAAUCGACUCAUUCAGGGUGGCUUCAGGUACCAGAAGCUUAACCUCUCGACCACAGGCGAAUUGGUACUGAAGAACGUCGGUGUGAGGCCUACAAUCCAGAACACACCCCUUGAUCAACUGCCAGGAUACUUCGAGACUUCGGAUGAGGACCUCAAUCGGAUUUGGAAGGUUGGAGCGCGAACAGUUCAAUUAAACGACAUUCCUGCGCACUCCAUUCCGGCGUUCUGGCAGGUCUCCUCUGAAGGUUCUCUGGUAGAGAGCCAGGCACCUCAAGUUCUGUCAGGCGGCGCCGCUGCUGGACUGAUGAGCUACCAGCUUGCAUUCGAAGUCAAGCCCAUUGCCAAAGGGCUGGGAUUCUCCGUAUUGGCUGACACUCUCAACUCCGGAAUCUAUAUCUUCUGCAAUAUUGCCAAUGGAUCGAUCUCAGCACACUUCGGAUCCACUGAGGAUUCUCCUCCACUUGCAUUCGCAAGGUUGCCAGCAAACAUUACCCUUGGUAGCUGGCACAAAGUGGAAGCCAGUGUGGAUACGACUGGCAUCGCUGUAUCUUUCAACCAGGUUCCCGUUCUUCAAUUUUCGCAGACUUCUGCAUUUUUCGGAUCCUUUGGAUUGGGCGCGUCAUUCGGCCACUCUGCCGUUUUCCGCAACCUGUCUGCUACGACUCUGACAGGUGAAUCAAUCUAUUCGGCCUCUUUGACAGAUGAGGCUUUCUUGCCGGACUUUCUAAUGGGCACAAACCCGCACGACACAACGGUUGACGGCUCGAAACGCGACCGCAUUGCGUAUGCAGGCGAUCUGGACAUUGCGCUCGUGUCCUCUCUAUCGAGUACCAAUGGUAUCAGUUACAUCAAAGGCACGCUCGAUCUUCUUGGUUCCUUCCAACUGACCCCAGGAUUCUUCGCACCCACAGCAAAGAUCCAACAAGAGCCACUUUCCACCCCAGUCGAUGCCAACGUCACUGGCCUGAUCGGCUACUCUUUCAACCUCCUCACCGCAGCUGCCAACUUCUACAUGCGCACCGGCGAUGUCGAUAUGCCAAAGAAGUGGGCACCCAAAGCCGUACGCAUGCUGGACUGGGCACACUCUCAAGUCCUGCUCGAAAGUGGGUUGUUGAACAUCACCAACCCUGCCUUGGGCGGCGAUUGGAACUAUUACGAUCCGUCGCAGUCGGGUGUUGUUACCAAGUUCAACAUGGUCUACGCAUACGCACUCCAGGAGUGCAUCAGGCUCCUUGCAGACGGUGGCAUCGACACCAAGCCCUACAUUGCCCGCCUAGACGCUCUGCGCAUCGCGAUUGACCGGAACCUCUGGUCGAAUGAACUCAACGCCUACUACCUCUCCCAAUCCAUCAACAAUAGCUUCGCACAGGACUCGAAUGCUCUGGCUAUUCUCGCCGGCGUGACCAGGUUCAACCACACUUCAUCCCGCGUUCUUCGCACCCUCAAGCAACUCUCAACACCAAAAGGCCCUCUCGCUUUCUCGAACGGAACUAUCGCAGCCGAGUUCGCGGAGUACAUCAGCCCCUAUGCAAGCGCCUAUCACCUUCGUGCCGCAUUCGAGGCCAACGACAGCGAGACGACCAUGCAUCUGCUUAAGAGCCUAUGGGCGCCCAUGGCCGACCCGCAGGGAGCUAACUACACGGGAUGCUUCUGGGAGACUUUGGACGCAGCGGGUGCGCCUGCGCUGGGGAGGGGAACUAGCCUCUGCCACGGUUGGGCUGCAGGUCCCACUGGGGAGCUCAGCGAUCAUGUCUUGGGAGUGAAGCCCGUAGCUCCAGGGUACACUGAAUGGCGAGUCGCUCCUGUUACGCUGGACCUCAAGUGGGCUAGGGGCAGAGUCCCCGUGCCCGGGGCAAAACCUCACGCAGUCUUCACAAGUCGUAUUUCUUUCUUCCCAGGAAACAAGCAAUUCGCAUCUUAUCCCCGCAACAUGAACACCCUGCAAGAAGCAAGCCGGGUAUACAAGGCCUUCCAGAAAGGAGGGCCGACUUUCGGAGGAUGGCAGAUGCUUCCAGGCACGAAUCACGCGCGGGCAAUUGCCCGUUCAGGCGUUGAUUGGAUAUGCGUCGAUACCGAGCACGGCAACAUCAACGACAGCCAAAUGCACGAAGCCGUUACCGCCAUCGCCCAUGCGGGCGUAAGCCCUCUCGUCCGCAUUGCCGCGAACGAACCCUGGAUGGUGAAACGCGCCCUCGACAGCGGCGCCCACGGCGUUAUAGUCCCGCUCAUCUACACCGUCGACGACGCCAAAAAACUCGUUUCCUCCGCCAAAUUCCCGCCAGAAGGAACGCGCGGCUUCGGCUCACCGCUACCUACCCAGUGUUUCUCAAACGAACCACUGACGUACUACCUGCGCCACGCAAACACUUCGCUCCUCACCAUCGUGCAGAUAGAAACCGCGUCGGCGCUGGCCUGCUGCCGUGAAAUUGCCGCCUUGCCCGGUGUCGACUGUUUGCUGAUCGGGCCCUUUGAUCUUGGUAACAAUAUCGGUCAUCCUAUUUUGACUCCACAGAUGGAUAAGGAGUUGGAGGACGCGAUUGAGACGAUCAAGGAGGCGGCGCAUGCGGAGGGGAAGAAGGUGGCUAUGUAUUGCAACUCGGGCGAGGAUGCGAGGGGUUAUGUGGAGAGAGGGUUUGAUAUGGUGAGUGUGUUGACGGAUCAGAUGGGGAUUACGGGGGCGUUUGAGAGGAGUUUGGGGGUUGCGAGUGGGAAGGUUGAGGGGAGUGGGGUCAAGGGGGUCAAGGGAUACGAUGGCAAGUAG